AAGAAAACGAUGGCAGUUCAGAUCAGGCGCCUGGGAGAUGAUUACUCCAGAUACCAGAAGGCGUUUGAGCUGUUUCUGGAGUGCUCGUCUGAACACCAGAGUAUGAGAGACUUCAUCCAUAGCACACUUCCAGACAUCCUGACCACUGUUGGAGCAGGAAAAUCCACACUGAAUAUGAUGGGAGUGGGAAGUGGAUCAGGAGAGAUCGAUGUGGAAAUCCUCACACAGCUGCACGCUAAACAUCCUGAGGCCAGGGUGGAGUACGAGGUGGUGGAACCCAGCGGGAACAUGCUGUAUAAAUAUAAAGGUUUAGUCUCAAGGACACCGGGUCUUGAUCACAUCACCUUCAAAUUUAAUAAUGUUACGGCAACCGAGUUUGAGAGUGACUGGAAGCAGAGAAACACUGACAGGAAAAUGGACUUCAUUCAUAUGAUUCAGAUGCUGUACUAUGUGAAAGAUCCGGAGGCAACAGUUUCUUUCUUCCGAAGUUUGUUGCACAAAGAUGGUAAACUCCUUGUCAUCCUGGUCUCAGGACAGAGUGGGUGGCACAAGUUAUUGAAAACCUACCAAGCUCAGCUGUACAAGAGCGAUGUCCAUCUGUUCCUCACAAUGGGAGAUAUCAGGAACUUUCUGGAUGCUAAAGGAAUCCCCUACCAGAGCCACACACUCCCAUCUCAGCUGGACAUCACAGAGUGUUUCACAGCUGGAGAUGAGAAAGGAGAGCUGCUGCUGGAUUUCCUGACACAGGUGGUGGAGUUCAGUAAGAGCGCUUCCCCAGAACUGAAGGCCGGAGUGCUGGAGCUCCUCAAACGCCCCGAUUGCAGCUGCAAGGUGGAUGGGAGGAUUAUGUUCAACAGCAACAUUGAGGCCUUGGUGCUCACCCCAUAGUGUCAAAUCAUAAACGUACACCAAGAAAAACAUUUUCAUGAUUAUUUUUUAAAAAAAGAUUCUAACUGUAGCAUCUUGGGUAAAUCUGUCACUAGCUGUCUGAAGUUUGUUAGAAUUUUAACUAAAUUGUUUCUACAUGUCUUGUAGCUCUUAAACAAAAUACAAGUAUUAAAAGCAAUCAUGCAUAAACUGGACUGUGAAUUAUGGUGUAUAAAUUAGGACGAUGACUGUACUUGGUAUAAAAUCAAAUCCAAUAAAAUAAUGGGAGAUGAUGGCUUCAUCAAUUUUAAACCUGUUUUUCAUCAAUUUUUUCCC